UCAUGAUGUACUUUGUAAAGAGAAUUUUUGUGGCGAUAGCAAUCGUAGCAUUGGUGAGUGUGGUUUUUGGCAGUCACGAUGGAAGUACACACUUUGGGGUAUUGAAAAAAGGCGCCAGAUUAAUCCAUAAAGAGCAAAUCGUGCAACCGAAAAAGUUUUUCCGCGUCAUCGAAAAGAAAAUAAACUUUGAACCUCAGCAACAUAAAAUAAGCGCAAUUGUAAUCACCGACAAUAGCGAAUCGAAAGGAGGUAAGGCUUCUUUGCUCGAAGGAGGUCCCACGGCCAAUUAUGCCGUGAUCCUGUUCAAAUCGGCUCGUAAUCAUGGUCUUAAUUUUACAUUGGAGAUAUUCGACACUGCGCCGGAAUGCUUUAGAUGUAAAUCACAUGGUUGAUUUCAUCAUAUUUAAUAUUGAUGAUAUUAAUUGAUUGGCUACGCUUAAAGAAUAAACAUAAAAAAAAUAACUUAGGUUUAUUAGAUGGUCUACAAAAAGACAAUGUUCAGCAAACUUGAUUAUUUAAAUAUUUUUAUGAGUGUACUUAACUUUUCUCAUGCAAAUACAGAACCCAACAAAUU